CAUAUCCUUAUUCUUUUUAGGUAACUAUGAUGUUUUCGUCGUGGCCAAGACGUGAUCAAAUUAAAAAAUAAUAAUUUCUUAUUGAUUCAAUCAGUUUCUUAACAAUAGGCUGAAGGAUGAUUGUUGUUAUUUUUUUGGAUAGUAUAAGAAAGUUUUUUGUUCACUUAGAUAAUAUAAGGAUGUACAUUAUAUUUGAGUCAUAGUUGAGAGAUAAUUUUAGCCAAAAACUCUAUAAAUGUACAACUAGUAGAUUUUCUUUCUUUUUAAUGAAUGUCAUAGUUUUCUUUUUUUCUAUAAAUGUACAACUGAUAAUUUUCUUUUAUUUUUAUAAAUGUACAACUAAUAGAUUUUUUUCCUUUUUAAUAAAUAUCAAUAAUUUUUUUCCUUUUAUAAAUGUACAACUAGUAGAUUUUCUCUCCAUUUUAUAAAUGUACAACUCAGAGAUUUUCUUUCCUUGUAGAAUAUAUAGAGCAGGUAGAAAGCUCUUAGCAAAAUAUUCUUGAUGAAAUAUGAGCAAAAUAGAGCUGGUAUUUGUGCCUACCCCAUUCAUCGGUCACCUUGUUUCGAUUUGCAAGUUUGCAGAGAAUUUGGUUAGUAGAGAUGAAAGGGUAUAUGUAACAAUUCUCUCACCAUGGGAUGCUAGCAUAGAUGCCUACAUUAAGCGAAGCUCUGUCUCUACUCCUGAGGGAAGUCGAAUUAGAUAUAUCACACUUGCUCAAAUCGAACCGCCAUCUUCACAAGAACUAGCCAAGUCUUUUGAGAACUACAUCUCUCUUUUGAUAGCAAGUUAUCGACCCAUUGUUAAGGAUGCAAUUAUCAGCAACAAGUCAUGGUCUGGUACUGAUUCGAACCCGAAAAUCAUUGGACUAGUCAUUGAUAUGUUUUGCACUUCAAUGAUUGAUGUAGCAAAUGAACUUGACAUUCCUUCCUAUUUGUUCUAUACUUCUGGUGCCGGUGUUCUUGGUUUCCUGUUUUACUUGUCUGUUUGGCAUCAACAAUUCGGCAGACAAUUUAACCCAUCUGAUGGUGAUUUAAAUAUCGUAGCAUAUGUACCACCAAAAGUCUUGCCUACGUUUGCAUUUGUCAAGGAAGGUUACGACUCAUUCCGCAACCAUGGUGCCAGGUACAAAGAAACCAAAGGAAUCAUCAUCAACACAGUUGAGGAAUUCGAAAGUCACGCUGUCAAUAGCUUAGCAUCUGAUCCUGAAUUACCUCCAGUUUACACAGUAGGAUUUCUUCUUGACCUUGAGGCACAAAAUGGUAAUGGGAAUUUUAAGUCAAGAGAUGAAGAAAUCAAGAAAUGGCUAGACCAGCAGCCACCUUCCUCUGUUCUAUUUCUGUGCUUUGGAAGCGCGGGUAUUUUUGAGCCACCACAGCUUAUCGAGAUGACAAUUGGACUUGAAAGAAGUGGGGUUAGGUUCUUGUGGUCAAUACGUCUGCCUGUCGAUGCUGAAACUACAAAAUUAGAGGAGAUAUUGCCGGAAGGGUUCUUGGAGAGGACAAAAACAAUAUGUGAAUGGGCACCCCAAGUUGAUAUCUUGGCUCACAAAGCCACUGGAGCAUUCGUAUCUCAUUGUGGAUGGAAUUCGAUUUUAAAGAGUGUAUGGCAUGGAGUACCAAUUGUGGCAUGGCCCCUUUACGCAGAACAACACAUUAACGCGUUUCAAUUGGUGAGAGAUCUUGAGGUGGCAGUGGAGCUGACAUUUAAUGACAGGAUGCACGACAAUGAUCAUCGCAAAAUUGUGAAAGCAGAGGAGAUGGAGAAAGUUAUAAGAAGCACAAUGGACAGCGAAAAUCCCCAGAGGAAGAGAGUCAAGGAGAUGGGAGAGAUUUGCAGGAACGCAUUGAUGGAAGGUGGAUCUUCUUUCAUUUCUCUAGGUCGAUUCGUUCAAAGUAUUUUUGAUUCCUAGAAUUUUAACACUGACUACGUUAUUUUAGAUAACUUGUUCUCAACAAAACAAUUCUAACUAAAUCUCCAUUACGUUGGGCUCAGGGCUAAUCUCUACCUAGUUUCUACAGAAAAGGACUAUAAUAUUGGAAAUAAAAUUUAAAAAGUUGAUUCAUACUAGAAACCAGCCUUAUAAUGUCGAUAUAAUUAAAAUACUUUAACUUUUUAUAUAAACGCAACAAACAUGUCGCCUAGUGAAAUUUAGGUAAAAAAAAAAAAAAUUAAUAAUAUUGAAACCGAUUUAAGUUUUUAAAAAAUUAUACAUACUUUAUGAGAUUGGUAACUUUUAAAAGU